CGAACAAGUAUAUUUUCUUUUUCUUUUAAGUGAAAAUGGACAUGAACAUCUUUUUCAUCCAUUUUAGUUAGGCUAAAUGAACACACGUAUAUUAUAAUUUAGAAAGAUUUCGCUGUCAGACUGUUUGGAAAUUCACACAUGAACAUAAAAACAUGAUAUCACAGCUUAUUCUGAUGUUUUAGAAGAGAACAGAACUCAACUUUUUUUUUCUUUUUUUUUUUUUUUUAUUAAUAUUAAACAUUUGCUUACAAAGUACAAAAGUGAGAAAUAAGCCAAGAGAAAAGAGCCAGGGGUUCAGGCAUUACAUCACAUUGAAAAUGAGAAAAUAAAAUAAAUAAAUAACAAAAAUAAAUAAAUAAAUAAAUUAAUAAAUAAAUGAGGAAAUAUCAAUUAAACAGAUCACAUAAACAUAAUCCUCCCCACAAAACAAAAUAAAGAUUAUACAAAGACACCAAAAAGUGAGCAUACAUUCAGAGUUUUAGUAGCCUUUUUGUUACAGGAGGUAGAUAAGGAUUUAAUAUAGAUCUUAACAUCUUCUUGAAAGUGACAAAACUGUUUAGACCAAUGAGGAUUAAGCUGUGUCGUCAUCAAGUGGUUUCUCAAAGUAGAAGUUGAUUCACUCCUCCACUUCACAACAGACCUGCAGCACCAGCUGUCCCUUCAGCUCUUCUGUCGCUGUUUACCAGAUCUUCAACCUUUAUCAUCACAUUUAUGGCUUUUUGUGUUUAAAUGUAGCUUUUAGGAACUUGGGAAAUUAGGAACUUGUAAUUGGAAACCGUUCACCGAAAUGCCAAAAAAUAUAAAUGACAUGGACAUGUUUAUAUUCGUCUGUUUGUGCUUAUGGAGUCUGAAUGGUGUGUUUGUUGCUGAUGCAGUGAAGUCAGAGUCAGUGACUGAGGGAGAAUCAGUCUCUCUGAACUCUAGUGUCACUCAAAUACAGACACAUGAAGACAUCGAGUGGAAGUUUGGUGACUUUCUCAUAGCUAGUGUAAAGAACAACAAGAGCAAGUCUUAUGAUGGAAGUGCUGCUGGGAGAUUCAGAGGCAGACUGAAACUGGAUCAGACUGGAUCUCUGACCAUCAUCAACAGCAGAACCACAGACUCUGGACUUUAUACAGUCUCCAGCAGCAGCAGAGACACGAUCAACACGAUCAAUCUCACUGUCUAUGCUCGUCUGCCUGUUCCUGUCAUCAGCAGUAACUCUUCACAAAAUUCUUCAUCAUCAUCAUCAUCAUCAUCAUCAUGUUCAUUGGUGUGUUCAGCUGUGAAUGUGAGUCAUGUGACUCUCUCCUGGUUCAAAGGAAACAGUGUAUUCUCCAGCAUCAGAGUGUCUGAUCUCAGCAGCCGGUCUGAUCUUCUUCUCCAUCUGGAGUGUGUGGAUGAUUCCUACAGCUGUGUGCUGAACAAUCCCAUCAGAAACCAGACUCAACACCUCAACAACACUCAACUCUGUCACACAUGUGCUGCAGAGGACAGUAUCCACUGUUGUGGCUUUACUGAAGCUGUGAUCCGAUUGGCUCUCUCUGCUCUGGUGGGCGUGGCUACUGUGGCUGUUCUGGUUUAUGACAUCAGAUCCAGAAGUCUUCAACAGAAGAAGAGCGUCCAGAAAUAUCCAACAAACUCUGAUUAAUCAGAUACUCAGGAAGGUAGAGAUGUUCUUGAACCACUGUAGAUGUAAUAUUACAAGACAUAUCAUUUUAAAAAUUAUAUAUAUAUAUAUAUAUAUAUAUAUAUUAGACUACAUGCCAUAAUAAAGAGAAAACAAAAACUUGUUUAAAACUAAAACAAUUUAUUGUCAUUAAUUAGGCAAUAAAUAGUCUGGUAACACUUUACAAUAAGGUUCAUUAGUUAAACAUUAGUUAAUGUAUUAUCUAACAUUUGUUACUGUAUUUACUAAUCUUCAUUAUCGUUAGUUAAUGAAAAUACAGCUGUUCAUUGUUUGUUCAUGUUAGUUCACAGUGCAUUAACAUGUUAACAAGAUUUUAAUAAUGUAUUAGUAAAUGUUGAAAUUAGCAUUAACAAAGAUUAAUAAAUGCUGUAUAAGUGCAGAUCAUUAUUAGUUCAUGUUAACUAAUGUAGUUAACUAAUGUUAACUAAUGAACCAUAUUGUAAAGUUACCAAUAGUCUUUAUUCACACAUAAUAACCAACAAAUGUAAUAUUUUGUAUGUCGUCCUCUGGCCUUGAUAACAGCUUGUGUUCUUGCUGGUUUGUUUUUUUACACAGUCUCUGUUGUUAUGGACUGUAAUUGGACAUCUGAAUGAUAAAAAAGUAAUACAAAUAUAAAGUGAUUUCCCACUCAACGAUCUUGAAAACUGUUAUCUAAAUAAAAGCAUUAAUAAGAUUAUUACUUGUGUUUGCUGACAGAUUGUUGGGGUUAUGAUAUGUUUUUAAAUUCCUUGAUGUUUAUUAGUUUAUUGGAGUAUGAGUGAAUAUAGUGAUAAGUCUGUCUCCAUUUCACUGUUAUAUUUAUGACAACAGAAAAUACCAUGAUAUUGAUCAAACUUUUGUUGUAAGCCAUGAUUAAUGGUCAGCUUGUUUAAUUUAAUUUGUAUUUUUUAUAUAGGUAAAUGUAAUGUUUUUUUCUUUCUUUCUUGUUUUUUAUGCUGUGUCUCAGUCUUUAAUCUCUCAUGUGGUGAUGUUUUUAGUGUGAACAGACAGACUUUAAUAAGUGGAAAUCAUUUCCUUUGAAUAGACAAGUGAUUACUUAUGUUCGUUAGAUUAUUUAGUUUUUAGUCAGGAGAGAUUUUUUAAUUGUUAUUUUGGGUUAAGCGCACAUUUUAAAGAUUUGUUCUUGUGAAAUAAAACAAUAAAUCAUUUAAAAGUU